CUGUUGGCAAGUUACCCAGUCCGCAAAACACACCGAGCUGCAGACACGAGCCGAACCCAACCGAAACACGCCUAGGGACAGACUUAUACAGUCACGAGGAUGUGGGUCGAAACGCGUCGCGUAGACAGAGGAUGAAGAAGAUGGAGGAAGAGGAAGGACGAGGAUGCGAAGGACGGGAGCGCGCAGAGGAGGACGCUGGGUUCGGACAGAUUCUCCAUUUCUGAGCUGAGAUCACGAGCAGCACCGAGAGUUUAACGGAGCGCUAUUCUGAGGAGGUGGGCCAAGUCCCAAGAGAGGGAGAGGAGGGGGGAGAACGGAGGGGGGGAAGGCCAGCUGGUGGGAUGCUGCUGGUCCUGAUGCGAGGCGACAUCGGAGCGGAUCAGAGGACUCUGACACAUCCUCUGAAGCGCUGCAGCUCUGUGGUGUAUAGAGCAGUUCGAGUUGGCUUCCUGCCUGUUGAGAUGCAGCAAUAGGAACCACAGCGAAAGGGGGGUUCAUGCUGAUGAAAUUGAUCUGCUCAGUGAGCUCCAACCAGAGCCAUGGGGAGUACCCAGACUGUCACAGCGAGAGGGAGUCAGGAGGGGAGGCAUCUCUCCUCGUGUCUCCGCUGGUGGUGGCUGGGAUUGUUAUAGGCCUUGUCCUCUUCCUCUCCUGCAUAACCAUCAUCAUCGGAAGUCUACGCAAAGACAGUCGAUUCCGAAACCCACACCUUCGAGCUAGCUAUGGACCAGAUGGUUUUUCCUUUGGUGGUUCAGCAGGGGAACUGAGGUCUAGCUGCCUAGAAGACUUUCCUCCUGCUCUGGACUUUGACUUGCUAAGAGAGAAUCUGUCGCAUGUCAACAACCUGUACCCUGACUCACCGCCACGCUACGAUGAGUGCGUUGGUCCAGGUUCCUCUCAGCUUCAGAUACCAACAGAAGACCCACCUCCUUACUCUCUGCUGGACCCCUGUCAGCGCAGGGUGGAGUCACAGGAGCAGCCCAUCCUCACCAGCCCAAGCGCUUCUCCGAACUGUGGCGAGAGCUCAGCCAGCGCAGCCUGGUUCUCCCCCUCGCAUUACCCCCUGGGACUGCCGGGACAGGAGCAUCAACACAUCACAUCCAUCUCCUUCCCAAUGGAGGCAGCGCCCCCUUAUGACUCAGUGGUGGCGGAACAGGGACAACAGCUCCCUCUCAUGCCAUGUGAUCUUUAUAAACACCAAUCAGAGAGUCGAGAAGAGGGGAACUCCCAGCAGCUCUCCACAGGUCACAUCUCGUAGGAUUGUGUUUUCAUCACCUCCCUGCUGUCCCCAGAUGAAUUAAACAAACACUGGGGGAGAAAUUUCUGUUAGUAGCAGAUGUGGCACCAAGCUGAGGACAUUAAAACAGAUUCACAACUUCCGCACAGUUGUGAACACUGCUAAUAGGGUUAAUACUGCAAAGCAUUUAGGCUGGAAAUGACAGUUUCUCAUGAAGACUCCCAUGGAAAAAAGACUCUGAAAUCACCCGGUUCCGUUUUCAGCGUGUUUUCAUUGUUAUUGUUGCUUAAAUUAGGAUGGAUUUAAGAGUUGUGCUUCACAUGCAGACAUUAGUGGGUCAAAAAGUGAACAAAACUAGAGUAGACAACAUCAAUGUAAUAUUUUAUUGUAUAGUUUGGACUUUUCACACCAACACUGGAUGGGUAUUUUUCAAGUCAGAGUAAAUCCUGCAAUUGUCCUAUUGUCCUAUAUGAUAUAUGACUGGCUUUUAAGGUGAAACAUAAAUUAUUAUGUAUUUGAAUAAACUGUCCAUGAUUGAUGCUCGGUGAUCUGUGAACAAAACACUAACUGAAAGGUUACUAAUACAAUUUAGGAAACUUGUCUACUAUAGUUACAGAAUGUGUGCUUAGUCCAAAUUCAAGAGCUUCAGUGUCAUUAGAUUGUACUUUAAACUCUUCUUAAGCCAUUGUAAUUGAGUCUUAGAGAAGAAUCCUCCAAAACUAAAUGUCUUUUUGCUAAAAUUUCCUCAAUUAUUUAACCAGCUUUUUCCUCACAAGCCAAAGACGAGGUAAACGGAACUUAUAUCAUAUAUUCAAUGGAAAGUCACUUUAGAAACUGAUUUUUGAAGCUUCUAAAUGUUGUUUUAUUUACCUUACUCUGACUUUAAAGUCAUCAUGGCACCGUUGAAGGCAGAUAAACCCUACCUGGUCCUCAAGAUCUACCACAGUGCUUUUUUCAGCUAGCCCCACUCUAUUUGCUGGGUCCCUGGAUCAAGUCUGUUUGUUCAUUCAGAACCUGGAGUCACUUGAUUGCCUGAUGAAGCCCAGCCAGCAUCUUGGAUUGUUUAAAUGUGGGCCUCACUAAUGGACCAAAUGGGUUUGUCCAUGGGUUCCUUGGUGGCCCCACCUGUGACUGGCUAAAUAGCUCCUCCCCCACCAAUAACCACCAUAAAGACAAUGAUAGUAGAGCUAAGUUAGCUGGCAGGACCAGGCCUGGAAAGCCUUCAUGUACAGUGAUGGUCACAUCAGUAGUGUCUAGUGUUAUGGUAUCCUUAAACAUAUGAGAAAAGCCCUCAGAUUAGAAGAAACUAAAGUGACCACUGUGGGUAUAUCCUUAGUUGGUUCAUAGAUUUCAGGUUCUUCCAGAAUCUGAAAAUUGCAAUACAACUGUCUCAAAAGAUCAGUUUUGCACAUGAAGAGAGAAGAAGAGCUUCCUAUUUUCCACAUUUCUGCAGAAAGCAGAAAUUCAGUGAAAGGAAGUGCUGAUAGAGUUCUUUGAGGUUCUCCGGUGCGCACUAAUGCAUUCUAGCAUACUGUCCCGUUUGUCCAUGUUUGGUAGAGAGUGAAAGGUCCAGUGUUUCUUCAUUUUUCAUGGGAUGCUAAAAUGCAGGACUCCUUCAAACUCUUCAUUGGGCCCACUCCCAGCAGCGCAUUAGCGCGUCAAACCCGCUGAUAAAUGUUUCACCAAGUUCACUAAGUGUUAACCAGCCAUUUUUUAGGCCUGCUAAAACUCAGCCUGUGAUGUUGAGUUGCACAUCACAGCUCAGCUCAACCAUUAAAGUACAGUAGAAAUUUUCAGUUACUGGUAGUUGUUUCUUGCUGGCAGGAAACCCCAGAUAAGCAUUCGGAAUUUGCAUUUUAUUUAUGUACCGGGUGUGGAAUAACCUAAUAGGAGCUGGUUAAAAUAUUUUCUGUACAUUUUUGCUCUCCAUUAAACAGACAUGCUCAUUUUA